AUCACCUGUGAGUAUAAUAUACACUUAUCUCUUGUUCUAUUUUUUUUUUUUUCCUAGUAGUACUGAAGGUUUCACCGAAUUUGUCUAUUACUUUUGUUAGCUCGUUGCAGUAUAGUGUUCACAGUUAACAAUUUCAAAUGAAUGGCAUCUUCAAUUCAGGUCAACCAAAAGUUAUGCACUAUGGAGUCACCGUUCGCAGAAACUAUAUUCUUUUCAAUUUUUACCUUGUCACUUCGAUAAUCACUAUUUUAUACUUCCUCUAUGGAUUUUUUCCAAUCAAUUACAAUGAAGAAACGAUUGCCACUGUGGAUGACAUUCCAUCAUCCAUUGAUAGUAUCAACGUCAACAGAGACAAAGUUUACAAGCCAGAAGUUCAAAGGGUAGUUUUAAUGGUAAUCGAUGCGAUGAGAUGGGAUUUUGUGCACGGACCAAAUAGUCAUGUUAAUAUGCCCCACACAAGUAGUUUUUUAGAUAAUGGAGAUGGCUGUCUGUACAAAACUAAAGUUCAUCCUCCAACUGUUACAUUGCCUAGGGUUAAGGCUAUUGCAACAGGGACAGUUCCUAACUUUAUAGAUGUAAUUUUAAACUUGGGAGCACCAGAAAUACAAGGUGACAGUGUUUUGAGGCAAAUCAAGGACCACGGAUACAAAAUAAUCUUUUAUGGCGACUUGACGUGGACACUGCUUUUCCCAGACAUGUUUGACAGACAUGAGCAAACUGAAACAUUCAUGGUGUCUGAAUACAUUGAGGCUGAUCUCAAUGUCACUGCUCACAUGGUGAGGGAAAUCCACGAGUCAGAUUGGUCAAUGAUGAUCUUGCACUAUUCGGGUCUAGACCACAUCGGUCACUUGGAGGGACCAUACAGUCCAUUGAUAAAGGAUAAAUUGUUAGAAAUGGACGAAUCAAUAGCAACUAUUCGAAAUCGCGUGAAAGAAUGGAACAAAGAAGGAAAGUCAACGUUGUUUUUAAUCACGGGCGAUCACGGAAUGAUGGAUACGGGUAGUCACGGUGGCUCGACUUCAGAAGAAACUCUCGUACCUUUGUUAGUUUUCGGCACACCCUGUACUUACAAGAAUAACUAUGCCGACGAACAAAUAGCUCAAAUAGAUAUCGCACCGACAUUGUCCGUGCUCUUGGGAGUUCCUAUACCUUUUUCGAGUACAGGUGCGAUCAUAUUGAACCUGAUGAGUAAUUUUACUGUCUCUCAAAAGCUGUAUGCUCUACAUUACAAUGCUAAACAAUUGCUGUAUCAUUUUUCGAAAAGUAAUGUUUAUAAAAGUAGCGAGGCUUAUAAAAAUUACCAAACGGCUACGAAGCUUUACGCGCAGUGGUUGCACAAUCAUAGUGAUUCGGCUGACGAGAUGAUUUCAAUGUACAAAUCUUCCAUUGCAGAAAUGCAAAACUAUUUGACGAGUAACUUAUUCAGGUACAACAAUUUCAUUACAAGUGCAGCUUUGACAAUCAUGAUCAUGAUACUGUGUUUGAACGUGUUGAUGAACAAACAUGGACCUCUGAAGUGGUCAUUUCAUAAGUUCCUCGUAUUCGCUUGUACGAUAUUUUCAUUGUGGCUGUGUUUCUGGUCAUAUCUCGACUUCAAUGCACAAACCAACUGGUUGCCUCGAGCAAACGACGUUUAUACGCUUAUUUUUGCCGUAUUUUUCGUAGUAGUUUUACUAGUCAGUAGUUUAUUAUUUGUAAAUGCCACUGUGCCGAUUGAACAGAUAAUGUUACUUUAUAAAAAUAAGAGUUUAACGGAUUUACACGUCAUAUUGCCAAUAGCCACACUAGCCCAUGCCGUGAACUUGGGAAGUAGCAGCUACGUGGAGGAGGAGCAUCAAAUAUGGUACUUUUACUGCUCGUCGGUUCUGGCGUACACUGGUUACGAGGCAUUGCGAAAAAGUGCCAGAAAUAGCUCGUUGAAGUUUCCCGUUGUUUGGUUGAUGUUUAUGGUUGUUUGUCGAGUACUUACCAUGUGGAACAGCACUGGUUAUCAGAACCGCAGAGCCUAUGAUAUAUCGGAUUGGCUGUACGAAGAGCCAACGAAAAUCGCUUUGUCCUUGCUCUUGGUUUUUAGUCUGGGUUCACUUGUAUUUAUGGAUUACAAGUACGAGGAAGAAAACCACCAGUGGACGUCGCUCGUUUUUAAUGUACUUGUGAGCAUUUUGAUUUAUUUAAGGCACAGCGCGGCCAAUUUGGUUGUACAGCCAUUCUUUUAUCCAGAAUCGAGAGGGAUAACGGAGGUCCGGCUUUUUUGGAUAUUAACUAUGGUUUACAUGGCCAUUAGCAUACGUCGAUUGAUAAUUGCCACACGGGAAAACAAGGUGUAUUUGUACCGGCUUAUUUUGUACUUAAUAUUAAAAAAAUGGAUCAUCGUCUCCGCACUUUUGCAUCGUCCUCACAAUGUUGUAUUAUUGCCCGUUCAAGUUUUAGUUGACGAGGCGAUAGGCAAUUAUACUCGUACGAAAGAAAACCGUGGCCUCAAAGUGCUAUUGUACAUAUGGUCCGGCAAUGUAUUCUUUUUUUACCAGGGUAAUUCAAACAGCUUAUCCUCCGUUGAUCUCAAAGCUGGUUACAUAGGGCUCGAGUCUUACUGGCCGUUGAUUACCGGCACUUUUUUGAUCAUCAACACGUAUUCUGCCCCGAUUUUGGGCUUGUUUUGGUUCCUCUUCAACCACUGCUCCGAAAAUCUUCACACCUCUCCAAAGAUCAUAGUAUUACUGUGUAAACAGUAUGCGUUUUGGAGAUUGGUGCCGAUGGUUUUUUACAUGAUUGUAAUGAUUAUCAACAGGUAUCACAUAAGCAUUUGGACAGUAUUUUCGCCAAAGUUGUUCUACGAAGCGGCCUAUACCAUUAUUUUAUUUGUUGUUAUAUUAUUGUUGGAAAUAUUUUUCUCCCUCCACCAUCUUUACUUCCAAAGUUGCAUAUUAUAGUUUUCAACUUUUAUUCAUAAUAACUUGAAAGAUCUUGACACAUAUUUUCGGUGUAUUUGAUGGAAUACACUGCUAAUGGCUCGAAUUUUUUUUUUUUUUUCAUGUUAGGGCAUCCUGCAUGAAAACAUAUGAGUAUAACGUUUAAUUUUAACGUGAGCACGUGUAUGAGCGUCAAAGAUGCCUUGAGAGUUGAAUUCAAAGAACUACCCUUAAUUAAUGUACUAAAGAUAAAAAUUAGAAAUUAAAUUAAAUUUUUUUAAAACAAAAACUUCUGUUGGAAAGUAAAAAUUU